AUGCUAAGUUCAUUGAAAAAGUGGGUGCAAGAUGUGGCGGUCGAUCUAACUCCACCAUCACCAUCAGCACCACCACAACCAUCAACAUCUUCUCCUUCCUUAUUAUCGUCAUCAUUAAAAUCAGGAUCAGCACAUCAUUAUUAUUAUUCUCCAAUACCUUCACAUAAUCAACAACAUUAUAAUGAACGUUCAUCAGCAAUGGGUCUCACACGACCUAUAUCAAUGGAUAGUGUACGUAGUUCAAAAAUGGUUCCUACAUCAAUGCCACCACCACCAGCAUCACCUGUUGAACUUGAUUUAAGUCAUUUAAAUCGUGAAGAACAAGAACAUAUAGCAAAUGUAUUACGACGAGCUCGAGCUGUCGAUGAACAACAAUCAUCAGUAUCGCCAGUUAUUGUUUCUUCAAUACAAUCACCACCAACAUCAAUAGUUUCAGCAUCAUUAUCAUCUUCAGUAUCGUCAUCAGUAUCAUCAUCAUCAACAAAUAGUUUUAAUACUGAAAAACCGGAAAAUUAUGAACAGGACGAUAAAAAUGAUAGUAAUGAUGUCAAUGAAAUAUGUGAAGAUGAAGAAUUGCCAACACCUAUACCGGAAUCAACAUUAACAACUAUUUACCGAUGUCAAGUAUGUAAUAAAAAGCAACAACAGGGAAAUACAACAAUUUGUCUUCAAUGUCAAGAAAAUGAAGAAGUUGCUCGAUUAACGCAAGACAAUACCAAUUCUCUUACACCAACAAGAAAAUCAUCAUCUCCCAUACCAAUGGAAUUCAAUAAACAUGACGAAGAUAAAUUGUAUGAUAAUAUAAUGAAAACUGAUCAGGAACUAAUAAAACGAAACUCUCCUAUUCAUGAGUAUUCAUAUCAUAUAACUCAUCAUAAUACGAAAAAACUAAAUGAUAAUCAAGAUCAAGAAAAACAAGACAAUGAAGAAAAACAACUAUAUCAAACAUCAAUCUUUGAAACUCAACUACCAUUGACAUCAGUUUCAAUGAAAACACGAACAAAUAAUUUAACAGAAAUCGAUGAAGAUGAUUUUUUCUAUCAAGGACCAAGUCCAUAUACAACAGUAAUUGAUAAUAAUCUAAUACCAGAUAAUAUUGAAGAACCAUUAAUACCAUCAUAUAAAAUUGAUGAAUAUAUUGAAGAUGAUGAUGAUAAUAAUAAUGAUAAUAAUAAUAACGAACGUGAUCAUGUCAAAGAAUUAGAACAAACUAUAGCUAAUUUAUCUCGACAUUUUCCAAUAUCAUCACAACAAAUUAAUAAUAUUGAAAUAAAUCCAAUUGUAACAAAAUUACAACAACCAUCAACAUUAUCUGUUGAUAAUAUUGAUAUUGAUUCAAUUCUUGAAAUGGAAAUUGAAUCACCAUCAACAGAUGAACAUUAUAUUCAAUCAUCGUCAUCUAUUCAUCCUACUACAACAUCAUCACAACAUUCUCAUAAUAUACCUAUUUCAAUACCUAUAUUAAUUAAUAAUCGUCGAGGAAGUCUUAGUCGUUCAUCUGGUAUACGAGAAAAUUUAACUGAUUUACUUACAACAACAACAAAAAAAUCAACAAUAGAAUCUUAUCCUUCAAAUAAUCGACUAUUACAACGUACUGCAUCGACGCAUAGCAAGCGUAAGAUACCAAUACAUCGACAAAAACGUAAUUUACCAACUGUGCCUUUAAUAAUGGAUAAUUUACAAUUGCGUCGAACUAAUUCUGAAUCUCGAUUUAGUCUUCCAGCUGUACCAUUACCUAUUCAAAUAUCUAAUAGUAAUAUAGAUGAUGAAAGUGAUUUACUUGAAAUAGAUCUUAAUGAUCCAAUUGGCUCAAUGAAUAAAACGGCACGUUCAAAAACUGAAUCUGAGCUAAUACAUAAUAAUAACAAUAAUAAUGAUAUUAAUUAUUAUCAAAAAUCAUUUAAUACAACAAAUCAAUCACCAUCUGUUGAUAAAUUAUCUUCUCCUAAUAUGCAAAUUAAACAAUUACGUGAUCAAACAACAAAUACAUCACCUAUAUCAAAUCUUAAUUCAACAAUUAAAACGAAAAAGAAACUUAAAAAAAAAGGUUUAUCAUCACCGAAUAAUACUAAUAAUCAUCAUAUAAAUCCAACAUAUAAUAAUGGUCAAACGACUCCAGCUGUAAUAUCACCAAUAUUAACAAAUCCUCCGAAAAUUUUAUUAUCUUCAUCAUUAUCAACUAACAAUACUAAUCGUCCAAAAUUACAAAAGAGUACAAGUACAGAAAUAUCUUAUCCUUUUUCUGUAUCAAAAUUAAUUUUAAGUCGUGAUAGUCUAAAUGUAUCUCAACAAGAUGGUGCCGAUCUCGGCUUUUGUAUAACAGGUGGUCAUUCAAUAUUGAAUUGUAUGGAAGUAACAGCACGUAUUGAACAUAUUGAUAAACGUCAUAGAAAUUAUAAUAUAUUAAAAAAUGCUGUACAAGAAGGUGAUGAAGUUCUUGAAGUUGGUGGAGUAUCAUUACGCGGUAAAAACGCCUUAUUUGUUCAAAAUUUAAUGAAUUCAAUACAAGAUGAAUUUGAAAUUGUUGUUCGAAGUCAACAUGUUAUACCACCUGUUUCACUUUCAAUUGAAAUCCAUAAACCAGAAAAAAUAAAUUCCAAUAUUCAAUCAACUAAUAAUAAUCUUACAGUUUUAUCUAAUACAUCAUUAAUAGUUGAUCCAAAUAUUCAACGAAGACAUUCAAUGGAUACAUCACAAUAUUCUCCAACGCAUUUAACAACCAAUACAGUUGUUAAAUCUCAAUCAACAAUAAUGCCAUUACCAAGAGAUGAUUCAAAGGAUGUAUCUGAACAAUUACUUUCACCUGCAAUGACUCCACAGAAACGUGUAUCUUCAAAAGAACGUCUUUUCUCUGUUGAAUCUCUUCAUCGUACAUCAUCAACUAAAUCAACUGAAUAUUUAAUGAAAGUAGCUACACAACCAUCAUCCGAUAUAGAUCGUCGUCAUAGUGGAACAUAUAAUUUAUCAGAACAAGAACGUAAAUAUUCAAUAAAACGUGAUGAACCAAAACAAACAUCAUUAACUGUGACUACACCAGAACAUAAAAUUUCACAUGAUGAUUCAACAAGUUCACCACAACCAAUACAACGUCGUCGAAUGUAUGAACAUCGUAAUAGUUUGUUACCAAAUGAUCCAGGUUUAAAUGGAGCUGGAAGUAAUCAAAGUAUGGAUCGACGAAAUUCAAAUGAAUCUGAUGAAAGUGAUAAUCUUUCACAAUAUUUUCGUUCAUCACAAAGUCGAAAAAGUAGUUUAAUGGCAACAACUGAUGUAUCGAAUAUUUCAAAUACAGAUAUAUCUCGUGAACAUACAGAAAAUGUAAUACCAAUUAAUGAUGAUAAUACUAAUAUUAAUAGAACAAUAGAUGCAUCACAUCGUUUACGAAGUUUUAUUAAAUCAACUGAUGAACAACAAUUAUCAAGAAAUUCACUUGGUGAUAAUUCAAUAAAUCUUAAUAAAACAGACGAAAAAAAAUUAUCAACUUUAGGUUCAUUUAAAUUUUUAAAGAAAAAAACAAAAUCUGCUGAUUUUUCAAAUCAAUCAAAUGAAAUACGUGAAAAUGAUUAUGUUGGUGACAUUGAAUUACAAAUAGGACAUAAUAGUGAACGUGAACAAUUGGUUAUAAGAAUAAUUCGAGCAAAAAAUUUACUUGCAAAAGAUACAAAUGGUUAUUCAGAUCCAUUUGUUAAAGUUUAUUUAUUACCAGGAAGAGAUCAAGAAAACAAACGUCGAACAAAACAUGUCUCAAAAAGUUUAAAUCCUGUAUGGGAUCAUGCUGUUAUCUAUGGAAAUAUACAUCGAGAAGAAUUACAAUAUAAAACGCUUGAAUUUACUGUCUGGGAUUAUGAUCGAUUUAAAGCAAAUGAUUUUCUUGGACAAGUCACAAUUGAUUUGAAAGAUGCUAAUGUUAUUGAUGAUAAGCCACAUUGGUAUCGUUUACAAGCAUUACGUUCACGUGAAGAAGCUACAAAUCGUGGUUCAUCUCCACGUUUAUUUAAGAUGACAUCAGUCGAUUCAACAGCUUCAUCACCGUCAACAUCCAAUAAAAAUAUUGUAAAUAUGCAACCUCUUGUCAAUCAACGUAAAUAA